AUGUCUACAUAUAGAACCAUUUCACUUACAGAUAUUCCAAGUUUGACAAAUAACAACACCAUUAACUCUGGUAACGGUACAACACUUGGAUCACCAGACCUCAAAUUCACUUUAAAAGGAUUGGAACUUGAUAGGUCUGUUUCUAAUCGAACUCCAAAAGGAUUUGAUUAUUCCUUUUUCAACCAUCCUAUUGAUGAGUUUUUACCAUCUGAUGGGUCUGUAAUAAGUCAAGAAGAUCAAGAAGAUCAAAAGAAUGCCAUUCUUGAAGAUGUAAUGGUUUAUGGAGAUGAUGGGAAUGAAAUACUUGAUUUUGAUUAUAAUCAUUAUGAACUGAAAAGUAAAAAAUUACAUAGAGCAUUUGAAGUACCUGAAAAGGAACCUUUAACAGUUGCAGAAAUGCAAAAAAGAGCACCACAAUUAUUCCAAGAACAAAUUUCACUUGAUGAUUAUUUUUCAGUGGAAACAUCAUUUGCAUUGAACUUGGCUCAAUGUUAUAAUAGUAUUUGUCCUGAAGAUCGGUUUUCACCUUCAGUAUUGAUGAAACCACUUACAUUAACCCAAUUUAUUAGACAUCCAGUACAUUACACUACAUUGCAAGAGGAAAUCGUGAUAAAAUUUAAUGAAUUGAAUGAUGCAUGCAAGAGAUUAAAUGAAAAUAUUAAUGAACAAUAUAUGGAAACAAAAUCACAUUUAAAAUGGGAAAUUUUUAGUAAUUCUACAUCAAAUAAGAAUUUUGAAAAUGGUCGCGCUAUGUUUGAAGCUCUUUUGAAGUUUAAAAGUACCUUCCAAGCUUGUAUCCAUGAGAAUGAUAUGUGGUGUGAUAUCGAUGAAUGUAUUAAUGAACUUACUGAUUUAAUAUGUGAUUGGAAUGAAACUGGAGACUUGACAACUGGGAAUAACAAUGAAACUGCAUCGAAGCAAGACCGUGAAACAUAUGUUAAUAUGGUUAGCAAGUUGAAAAUAGUUGAGACUUCACUUCAACCAAACAGUGAAUAUAUCAACAAGAAUUGUUCAAAUUUUAUUGAUUUCAUUGAGGAAGUUAAGAUUGGUUAUGAAGAAUUUUUACAUCAUUUCAAAAGUACCUCAAAGGAUGGUAUCUUCUCAUAUGAGAUUUGUCUGUAUGACGAUCAUGUAAAGGAUACACAGAGAAGAAAGUCAAGAUCAUAG